AGAAGCAAGCUAGAAGAGAUCAGUCUGGACACUUCAUGGAACACUUCUUAUAGAGAAACAAGGAAUCAUAUUAAACAGAAAUGCUGAAGGUACUGGACUCAUUGCGAGACUCUUAUACCAGGAUUCUUGAUGCAGGAGAUCCCAGAGUUGGAGACUGGCCUCUUAUGCAGAGCCCAUGGCCUACACUUACGCUUGUCUUCUGCUACGUGUACUUCGUGAAAGUUGUUGGCCCUGCUUGGAUGAAGGAUAGAAAACCUUUUUACCUUAGAAAACUGAUGGUGGUCUACAACUUUACCAUGGUUGUCGUUAACGCCUGGCUUUUCAUACAGUUAGGGAGGCUAGGAUGGUUCAACGAGUAUAACUGGAGAUGUCAGCCUGUGGAUUAUUCUGAUAACCCCGAGGCUUUGCAGAUGGCGUCAAUCGGAUGGUGGUACUUUGCAACAAGAUUUGUAGAAUUCGCUGAUACGAAUGGGUCUUAUCGUAUUGUAAAAUUUCCACCAGACAUCUAUGUUGAACUUCUUGGUUAUGUGUUUGAGUUUUUCACUGACAUAUCUAAGUCAAAAACCAGUGUUGUUGGGCACCUGCAACUUCAAUCCAGAAUAAACUUCUCAACAAAAGAUCAAGAAGGCUUGACCAUGAUUCUCUUUAUAAAACACAAUCCAAUCACUUUAUACGAAUGGAUGAUGUCAAAAAGCGAUCCUCGUACAAACGGAUGGCCUCUUCUAGGUUCACCUUUCCCAAUGUUAACAAUAAUCGCGAGUUAUGUUUACUUCGUCAAAGUUCUUGGCCCUGUGUGGAUGAAGAACCGAAAACCUUUCCAGAUAGAAAAUAUCAUUAUUGCAUAUAACGUCGUCCAAGUCAUACUCAGUGGCUUCUUUUUCUUUUAUGGCGGUAGUUUAACUUACUUAUCGGGCAACUACAACUGGCUUUGCCAACCCAUAAAUUAUGCAACGGAUCCUGAGGCUAUAACACUGGUAAAACUGGGCUGGUGGUAUCUCCUCCUGAAAAUUGCUGAAUUUCUUGAUACUAUCUUCUUUGUCUUGAGAAAGAAAUUCACCCACAUAUCAGCUCUUCACGUCUUACAUCACUCUCUGGUGGCCUGGGGUAUCUGGAUCGGCAUGAAAUUUGGUGCUGGUGGCCACAACGCUUUUUUUCCAUUCAUCAACUGUUUCGUCCACAUGAUAAUGUACUCUUAUUACUGCCUAGCCGCUUUGGGACCGCGUGUGAAACCUUAUUUGUGGUGGAAGAAAUAUAUCACCAUUAUACAGAUGGUUCAGUUUGUGUUGAUUGGACUUCAUGCCGUUCUCCCCCUGUUUCUGGACUGUGAUUUCCAUCCUGGAUUUGUUUACGCCAUCCUCGGCCACGCCGUCUUGUUCUUGAUAUUGUUCCUCAACUUUUAUGUCCAUUCCUAUGUUAAAAAGAAUGAAAAGGAUCAUGUUUGUGGUGUUGGGCAGGACAGUAAAUCAUUCAAUAAACACAUAAACAAUGGAAGUAAUCACUUCAACAAUGGAACCCUGCUUAACGGAAUUAUUUCAAAGAGUGGAAACGUCCAUAAUAGGAAGUCAGAAAAAAACGACUGAGGGAUAGCGUUUAUAUCUUUCCCUACUGUGCCGGGCCUCAAGUUCUUGACUUAACCUGUUUCAAGAAAGCGACUCUUAAAAAACACACAAAAAAAACACUAGUAUUCAAACCAAGUUUAUUACAAGUCUUUUAUGCGCUGAUACAGCCUUUUGAUUGUUUAUUCUGACUUUCCUUCAGAUUGGAUAUUGGCAACUGAGAAAGUUUUAAACGUAGAAAUUGCUUACUUAUAUACUGUUGUCGGUUAAUUCCAGCAUUUUUCGAUUUACUAAAGUAAAAAAUGAUUCAAACUCCUGUAACUAAGACCUCAAGAAGUUGUCACAUUCAAGGUUUCUAGUUAAUAACACGGUUCUCCAUCUUUCUUAACAUCAAUGAUAAAGAUAACUGUCUUCUCUCUAACAUCACUACUUUACUUAUCAUUAACAUGUUAAGGUGACUGUUACUGUAAGGUUAGCAGACGGUCUUCUGUCUUACAUCACUACUGUGCUUAUCAUUAACAUGUUAAGGUGACUGUUACUGUAAGGUUAUCAGACGGUCUUCUGUCUUACAUCACUACUGUGCUUAUCAUUAACAUGUUAAGGUGACUGUUACUGUAAGGUUAUCAGACGGUCUUCUGUCUUACAUCACUACUGUGCUUAUCAUUAACAUGUUAAGGUGACUGUGACUGUAAAGUUAGCAGACUGUCUUCUGUGUUACAUCACUACUUUACUUAUAAUUAACAUGCUAAGGUGACUGUGACUGUAAGGUUAGCAGACGCUCUUCUGUCUUACAUCAAUAUUGUACUUAUCAUUAACAUGUUAAGAUGACUGUGACUGUAAGGUUAGCAGACGGUCUUCUGUCCUACAUCACUACUGUACUUAUCAUUAACAUGUUAAGGUGACUGUGACUGUAAAGUUAGCAGACGGUCUUCUGUGUCAUAUCACUAAAUACUUAACAUGUUAAAGUAACAGGUCUCUAUAUAAGUUUUCCUAAAUUGGUCAGAUAAACCACUUUUAUAAUAACACGAGUUUUUUAUUGUAACUAUAAACCACUUUUAUAAUAACACGAGGUUUUUAUUGUAACUAUAAACCACUUUUAUAAUAACACGAGUUUUUUAUUGUAACUAUAAACCACUUUUCCUCCCAUUUUCUGCUGGAUUAAACAUUUAUUACAAUUUCUCGAUUAAUUAUCGAAAUGUAAGAUUAUAUGUGAUUAAUUCUUCAAAGAAUUGUGCAUUUAUUUUGCUUUUUGAUCUAAAUGUGACUUUUCCGAAUGGUCUAUGAAAGUUUGAAAAGGUUCGAGUAGAUGGGACGUCGUUGUUCUGUUAUUCACCGAAUCACUUUAAAGUUUGUUGUUGUGUUUAAGCCUUUUAUAGUUUCACGAAACCAAUUAUAAACAAUUAGAAAAGUCUCUUAUAUUUCCUCAAGAUUUGACUUGCUAGAAAAUUCUAAUACCUUACUUCAGGAUUUUAAAUUACUACGAAUUUCUGCUAUGUUUCACCAGGUUCUUGUUUUGCGCCUUUAAAAGAAUCACUGUGAGAAAGUCUUUAGUGAAAGAGAAUUUUAUACCAGAAACGUAAACUUGUAGUUUUUUUCGUAAGACUGUCAGAUUUAUUA